AUGACGACACCAGCAGAUACUGGAGCGGUGGACAAGGGCAAGAAUGUGGAACGCGGCACCCUGGGCAAAUAUGUGAAGCGGAUGAGCACUGUGUUCAAGAGGGAGAAAUCAAACAAAAGUGUACCGACCCUGGCGCCCGAGCCAUCGUCAACUCCUCAAGUCGCGCAGCAACAGCCUGUCGAGAAGGAAGUUGCGCAGCCGGACCAAACCAUCCCGGAAGUCGCACCUGCCACACCUAUCACUCCCGCCGUGUCAGUGCCAUCAACUCCAACUACCAAGGAGAUGGACCGCAACGCCAUGCAGCAGGAGAGAGCCCGCGCCCUCUUCGCCAAGUAUGGCCUCACCCUUGAGUCACACGAGUGGAUCGCUGCACCAGCUCCAAAACCCACCGUCCAGCGUGUCGAAAAAUCGAUCCGUAUGCGUGUCCAUCGCAGCUGCCACCGCUGCGGAACCCUUUACGGCUCCGACAAGGUGUGCCUGCAAUGCGAGCACAAGCGGUGCAAGAAGUGCCCUCGUUUCCCCAAGAAGAAGACGCCGGAAGAGAAGCAAGCCGAGAAAGAGGGUAUGGAGCAACCCAAGCGAAAGAGAAUGCUCACCAUCCGGACUCGUGGCGGCGACGAGUUGGUAUAUCAACCUGCGAGACAACGCAUCAGACGUAACUGUCAUGUGUGUGAGAAUUUGUUCGUUCCCGCAACGGCGAAUAUCUGCAAUUCAUGCCAGCAUGUCCGAUGUACGAAAUGCCCGCGCGAGCCAGCCAAGCUCAGCAAAUGGCCUGAUGGCUACCCGGGCGAUGCUGAGCCUGACAGCGAGACGGAGGUGGAGAAACAGCUGGAGAAAUUCAGACGGACCUGGCGAAAGCCGAGGACUAGGGUGCGCUGGCAGUGUGAGAAGUGCAAUGGCCUCUUUCACAAUAAUUCGCCGCAAUGUCCAGGAUGUGGGCAUGAGAGAUGCGACAAGUGUACAAGAUCACCUGUCAGGAAACCUGAGAAAGGGGAGCGUUUCGAUUCCCAGGUCGUGGCGGCCGUGGAGGCUAAGCUGCGAGCGAUGGAUGUUGAUGAUAAUUCGGCUCCAUCUGCAGCGGAGGCUACCUGA